ACUCUUGGUGCAUAUUAAGGCACAUAGUAACCGUUGUUGAGACAAACUCCUCGUCUUCCACAAUUCACGAUUUACAUAUCUAAUAUCUCUGUUUCCUUUUUUGUUAUUUGAGUUGUUAAUUUUCUUCUUCUCUAUUCACAUAAUCAUCAAUGGAAGGUGCAAAAGGAAAUGGUGGUAAAGUUCAGCAUGUUACAAAGGCAUCAUCAGAUCAGUUACUGAGGAAGUUUGCUGAGAUGGAUUCUGAAUUAGAAGUUAAAAAGGAGCUCAGAUUAGCUAAAAGAAGGAAAAGAACACUGCAAACGAAAGUUGAUACUAAUAAUCAUGUUUUCGGAGAAAGGAAGUCCCUGUUACCUCCCGCAGCUUCUCAAAGAUCUGCGGCGCUGAUUGUAAAAGCAAAGCUUAGAGCUAGAAAUCUCAACAACAGAUCCUUUUUUGGUACUAUUGAGAAGACAUGGCGCAGAACUGUACAAGGGGCUUCAAAGGUCUUCAUUGAGAAGCAUUACAAUCGGCAUAGGCGUCUAAUAAGUGAUACAGAGUAUUAGGUAAAGAUGUGUUAAAACAAGGUUGGCUUCUUACUAUAUUCUUCCAUCUAUAGUAAGAAAUAGUAACUACAUUCUUUAUUUAUUUUUCUUCCUAGUGAAGCUGCUGCUUUUGAUUUUUUAGUGUGUAAUAUUGUUAUUUGAUUCUUUAACUUGUAUGUUUGUGUAAUUUUGACAAAAGAAUAAGAAUUGCUGAAUCACAGUAUUGAUGAUUCUAUGUUGUAGAACAUUAUGUUGGUGAAAUUAAUGUAUUCUAAACCCCAAGUUGAGUAUGUUUCCAUAUGCUCAAAAGGAAAGCAAGUUUCUGAGGAGAAUUAUUGCAGAGAAGCCAAAGACGGACGAGGAAAAUGAUGAUCCUAGAGGCUUUAUACAAUAGUAUAAUAAAGCAAGUAGAUAUAUUUCAGUAGCACAAUCUUAUCAAGAAUUACGAGGCUGUCAACAUGAAUUUAUCAUGUCUGAUGGCCAGCUCAAACAUGGGAAGAGUCCUCUAGCAGUGAGAACAACUCUGGAAACUUAUCAAGGACUAGAGUUGUGAAGACUUUAACCCCCGUAAUGUAUUCUGAGUAGUCAAACAUGGGAAGGAUUGAUGCUUCAAAAUGUUGAAAUUCUUUCUAAGAUCAUCCCAUCUCCUAAUAUCAGUUCAAAUGAUCCAUAUUGCUAUUUUAGAUCGAUUAGGAUUUACACUUGGUGAUUGAUUCAUAUAAUCAAAUAUAACUGGCGCAUGUAUAACUGAUUCUUCAUGAUCAUAUAGUAAAAAUGAUGCAAAAUUCAUUUCAUCA